UAAACAGCAUGCUAUCCUCCAGUAUGUUCUGUGUAUAAACAGUAUGCUAUCCUCCAGUAUGUUCUGUGUAUAAACAGUAUGCUAUCCUCCAGUAUGUUCUGUGUAUAAACAGCAUGCUAUCCUCCAGUAUGUUCUGUGUAUUAACAGUAUGCUAUCCUCCAGUAUGUUCUGUGUAUAAACAGCAUGCUAUCCUCCAGUAUGUUCUGUGUAUAAACAGUAUGCUAUCCUCCAGUAUGUUCUGUGUAUAAACAGCAUGCUAUCCUCCAGUAUGUUCUGUGUAUAAACAGCAUGCUAUCCUCCAGUAUGUUCUGUGUAUAAACAGUAUGCUAUCCUUCAGUAUGUUCUGUGUAUAAACAGUAUGCUAUCCUCCAGAAUGUUCUGUGUAUAAACAGUAUGCUAUCCUCCAGUAUGUUCUGUGUAUAAACAGUAUGCUAUCCUCCAGUAUGUUCUGUGUAUAAACAGCAUGCUAUCCUCCAGUAUGUUCCGUGUAUAAACAGUAUGCUAUCCUCCAGUAUGUUCUGUGUAUAAACAGUAUGCUAUCCUCCAGUAUGUUCUGUGUAUAAACAGUAUGCUAUCCUCCAGUAUGUUCUGUGUAUAAACAGUAUGCUAUCCUCCAGAAUGUUCUGUGUAUAAACAGUAUGCUAUCCUCCAGUAUGUUCUGUGUAUAAACAGUAUGCUAUCCUCCAGAAUGUUCUGUGUAUAAACAGUAUGCUAUCCUCCAGUAUGUUCUGUGUAUAAACAGUAUGCUAUCCUCCAGAAUGUUCUGUGUAUAAACAGUAUGCUAUCCUCCAGAAUGUUCUGUGUAUAAACAGUAUGCUAUCCUCCAGUAUGUUCUGUGUAUAAACAGCAUGCUAUCCUCCAGAAUGUUCUGUGUAUAAACAGUAUGCUAUCCUCCAGAAUGUUCCGUGUAUAAACAGUAUGCUAUCCUCCAGUAUGUUCUGUGUAUAAACAGUAUGCUAUCCUCCAGUAUGUUCUGUGUAUAAACAGUAUGCUAUCCUCCAGUAUGUUCUGUGUAUAAACAGUAUGCUAUCCUCCAGUAUGUUCUGUGUAUAAACAGUAUGCUAUCCUCCAGUAUGUUCUGUGUAUAAACAGCAUGCUAUCCUCCAGUAUGUUCUGUGUAUAAACAGCAUGCUAUCCUCCAGUAUGUUCUGUGUAUAAACAGUAUGCUAUCCUUCAGUAUGUUCUGUGUAUAAACAGCAUGCUAUCCUCCAGUAUGUUCUGUGUAUAAACAGUAUGCUAUCCUCCAGAAUGUUCCGUGUAUAAACAGUAUGCUAUCCUCCAGUAUGUUCUGUGUAUAAACAGUAUGCUAUCCUCCAGUAUGUUCUGUGUAUAAACAGUAUGCUAUCCUCCAGUAUGUUCUGUGUAUAAACAGUAUGCUAUCCUCCAGUAUGUUCUGUGUAUAAACAGUAUGCUAUCCUCCAGUAUGUUCUGUGUAUAAACAGCAUGCUAUCCUCCAGUAUGUUCUGUGUAUAAACAGUAUGCUUCCUUCAGUAUGUUCCGUGUAUAAACAGUAUGCUAUCCUCCAGUAUGUUCUGUGUAUAAACAGUAUGCUAUCCUCCAGUAUGUUCUGUGUAUAAACAGUAUGCUAUCCUCCAGUAUUUCUGUGUAUAAACAGUAUGCUAUCCUCCAGAAUGUUCCGUGUAUAAACAGUAUGCUAUCCUCCAGUAUGUUCUGUGUAUAAACAGUAUGCUAUCUCCAGUAUGUUCUGUGUAUAAACAGUAUGCUAUCCUCCAGUAUGUUCUGUGUAUAAACAGUAUGCUAUCCUCCAGUAUGUUCUGUGUAUAAACAGUAUGCUAUCCUCCAGUAUGUUCUGUGUAUAAACAGCAUGCUAUCCUCCAGUAUGUUCUGUGUAUAAACAGCAUGCUAUCCUCCAGUAUGUUCUGUGUAUAAACAGUAUGCUAUCCUUCAGUAUGUUCUGUGUAUAAACAGCAUGCUAUCCUCCAGUAUGUUCUGUGUAUAAACAGUAUGCUAUCCUCCAGAAUGUUCCGUGUAUAAACAGUAUGCUAUCCUCCAGUAUGUUCUGUGUAUAAACAGUAUGCUAUCCUCCAGUAUGUUCUGUGUAUAAACAGUAUGCUAUCCUCCAGUAUGUUCUGUGUAUAAACAGUAUGCUAUCCUCCAGUAUGUUCUGUGUAUAAACAGUAUGCUAUCCUCCAGUAUGUUCUGUGUAUAAACAGCAUGCUAUCCUCCAGUAUGUUCUGUGUAUAAACAGUAUGCUAUCCUUCAGUAUGUUCUGUGUAUAAACAGUAUGCUAUCCUUCAGUAUGUUCUGUGUAUAAACAGUAUGCUAUCCUCCAGAAUGUUCUGUGUAUAAACAGUAUGCUAUCCUUCAGUAUGUUCUGUGUAUAAACAGUAUGCUAUCCUCCAGAAUGUUCUGUGUAUAAACAGUAUGCUAUCCUUCAGUAUGUUCUGUGUAUAAACAGUAUGCUAUCCUCCAGAAUGUUCUGUGUAUAAACAGCAUGCUAUCCUCCAGUAUGUUCUGUGUAUAAACAGUAUGCUAUCCUCCAGUAUGUUCUGUGUAUAAACAGUAUGCUAUCCUCCAGUAUGUUCUGUGUAUAAACAGUAUGCUAUCCUCUUGUUUUCCCCUUCUCCUCUAGGAUCUAUGAGAGGGUGAUAGAGCCUCCGUCUAUGGACAUUCCCUCUGAGACCACUGUCUGGCUCGGACAGAGGAACCAGGCCCAUGGAUACUUCAAGGUAUGGUGUAGGGAUUCAUAUUUUCCCAAAAAUCUACGAAGUUUCAAUUCAGAGAAAAAUUCAUAUUUAUCCAGAGUCGCUGGAAGUACUGCAAAAAUCUGAAGUGCCCAUUUAAAGUGUUUACAACCAAGAUACGGUCACUAUGCCAGGGUUCUCCCCAAGUGAGAUUGUCGCUGCGCCACCUUGCCGGCUUGGCUGCAUCACUAUGUACAGAUUUCACAGGUAGUGAAACGGAUAUUCAGUAAUGAUACAGUCGCCAAUGACAUUGUUGUACAUUUUUAAACAGGCCGUUCAUAUAUUCAGAGUGUUAUCAUGUUCCUCAAUGAAUUCAGCACAUUUCAGCAGUAGGCCUAGGCUAUCUGGACACAGAGCGCACCCCGAGUAGGCUAUAGCGUUGUCAAAUCAAUAAAACCUUGUAACGGCAGUCAAACAAAAGUCAAAUAACCAAAGUUGCUAAGCUUGAUAGAUAAUGACAGAAUAUAUCCUAUUUGUCAAAAUCUAAUUGAUGAUUAAGUUUUGUCGACCGGGGGGAGGGUUUUUCAGGGGGUGCAGCAGCACCUCUACUUUCCACUGCUACGCCCCAGGCUUGUCUCAAAGCAGCGCGAUGGCGCUGUCCCAACCAAAACCGCGCUGCAAUCAACACACACGACUAUUGGUUUAAAUUAGUGUAACGGUUGGAUAUGAGUUUGGGGGUUUCAGUAUAGGCACGAAUUUGAUACAUUUGGCUACUAUACUCCAAUAUUUUCAUAAUUCAGUUGAUCAUAACUAAGGUGAGUUUAACUGUCUCUGCGCUUUUUCUAGGCCCAAUGGCUGUUUCCUCGUCUCCUCAUGCUGCCACCUGCCUCCGCCACGUUGUUCUCAACACCAGUUAAUACGCUAGAGAAAUGUGAAGAGUGAUCCCGGUUACCAGUGUUCAUCUCUAGUAUGGUGUGAUAUGUAUUCAUUGGUAAUACUAGACAGACUGCGAUGUUAAACAGUCAAACACAUUCAGAGUGUGAGUGUGUGUGUGUGUGUGUGUGUGUGUGUGUGUGUGUGUGUGUGUGUGUGUGUGUGUGUGUGUGUGUGUGUGUGUGUGUGUGUGUGUGUGUGUGUGUAAAUUGACGUGCCAGAGCUUAAACCUCACAUAGCUUCUAAUCACGUCAGUUUCGGCACAGUGGAUCCGUCAUCUCCAGAACACACGGCUGGUUCAGGUAGCUGGUUCUGUACCUCUGUCUCAUCAGCUUCUAGUGAUUCCAACUGCCAGGUAGCUGGUUCUGAACCUCUGUCUCAUCAGCUUCUAGUGAUUCCAACUGCCAGGUAGCUGGUUCUGUACCUCUGUCUCAUCAGCUUCUAGUGAUUCCAACUGUCAGGUAGCUGGUUCUGAACCUCUGUCUCAUCAGCUUCUAGUGAUUCCAACUGUCAUGUAGCUGGUUCUGAACCUCUGUCUCAUCAGCUUCUAGUGAUUCCAACUGUCAGGUAGCUGGUUCUGUACCUCUGUCUCAUCAGCUUCUAGUGAUUCCUACUGUCAGGUACAGUGAGGGAAAAAAGUAUUUGAUCCCCUGUUGAUUUUGUACGUUUGCCCACUGACAAAGAAAUUAUCAGUCUAUAAUUUUAAUGUUACGUUUAUUUGAACAGUGAGAGACAGAAUAACAACAACAAAAUCCAGAAAAACGCAUGUCAAAAAUGUUAUAAAUUGAUUUGCAUUUUAAUGAGGGAAAAAAGUAUUUGACCCCCUCUCAAUCAGAAAGAUUUCUGGCUCCCAGGUGUCUUUUAUACAGGUAAUGAGCUGAGAUUAGGAGCACACUCUUAAAGGGAGUGCUCCUAAUAUCAACUUGUUACCUGUAUAAAAGACACCUGUCCACAGAAGCAAUCAAUCAGAUUCCAAACUCUCCACCAUGGCCAAGACCAAAGAGCUCUCCAAGGAUGUCAGGGACAAGAUUGUAGACCUACACAAGGCUGGAAUGGGUUACAAGACCAUCGCCAAGCAGCUUGGUGAGAAGGUGACAACAGUUGGUGCGAUUAUUCGCAAAUGGAAGAAACACAAAAUAACUGUCAAUCUCCCUCGGCCUGCAAGAUCUCACCUCGUGGAGUUGCAAUGAUCAUGAGAACGGUGAGAAAACAGCCCAGAACUACAUGGGAGGAUCUUGUCAAUGAUCUCAAGGCAGCUGGGACCAUAGUCACCAAGAAAACAAUUGGUAACACACUACACCGUGAAGGACUGAAGUCCUGCAGCGUCCGCAAGGUCCCCCUGCUCAAGAAAGCACAUAUACAUGCCGUCUGAAGUUUGCCAAUGAAGAUCUGAAUGAUUCAGAGGAGAACUGGGUGAAAGUGUUGUGGUCAGAUGAGACUAAAAUCGAGCUCUUUGGCAUCAACUCAACUCGCUGUGUUUGGAGGAGGAGGAUUGCUGCCUAUGACCCCAAGAACACCAUCCCCACCGUCAAACAUGGAGGUGGAAACAUUAUGCUUUAGGGGUGUUUUUCUGCUUAGGGGACAGGACAACUUCACCGCAUCAAAGGGACGAUGGACGGGGUCAUGUACCGUCAAAUCUUGGGUGAGAACGUCCUUCCCUCAGCCAGGGCAUUGAAAAUGGGUCGUGGAUGGGUAUUCCAGCAUGACAAUGACCCAAAACACACGGCCAAGGCAACAAAGGAGUGGCUGAAGAAGAAGCACAUUAAGGUCCUGGAGUGGCCUAGCCAGUCUCCAGACCUUAAUCCCAUAGAAGAUCUGUGGAGGGAGCUGAAGGUUCGAGUUGCCAAACGUCAGCCUCGAAACCUUAAUGACUUGGAGAAGAUCUGCAAAGAGGAGUGGAACAAAAUCCCUCCUGAGAUGUGUGCAAACCUGGUGGCCAACUACAAGAAACAUCUGACCUCUGUGAUUGCCAACAAGGGUUUUUGCCACCAAGUACUAAGUCAUGUUUUGCAGAGGGGUCAAAUACUUAUUUCCCUCAUUAAAAUGCAAAUCAAUUUAUAACAUUUUUGACAUGCGUUUUUCUGGAUUUUUUUCUCAUGAUUCUGUCUCUCACUGUUCAAAUAAACCUACCAUUAAAAUUAUAGACUGAUCAUGUCUUUGUCAGUGGGCAAACGUACAAAAUCAGCAGGGGAUCAAAUACUUUUUUCCCUCACUGUAGCUGGUUCUGAACCUCUGUCUCAUCAGCUUCUAGUGAUUCCAACUGUCAGGUAGCUGGUUCUGUACCUCUGUCUCAUCAGCUUCUAGUGAUUCCAACUGUCAGGUAGCUGGUUCGGUACCUCUGUCUCAUCAGCUUCUAGUGAUUCCAAUGCCAGGUAGCUGGUUCUGUACCUCUGUUUCAUCAGCUUUCUAGUGAUUCAACUGCCAGGUAGCUGGUUCUGUACCUCUGUCUCAUCAGCUUCUAGUGAUUCCAACUGUCAGGGAGAUGGUUCUGUACCUGUGUCUCAUCAGCUUCUAGUGAUUCCAACUGUCAGGGAGCUGGUUCUGUACCUCUGUCUCAUCAGCUUCUAGUGAUUCCAACUGUCAGGUAGCUGGUUCUGUACCUCUGUCUCAUCAGCUUCUAGUGAUUCCAACUGUCAGGUAGCUGGUUCUGAACCUCUGUCUCAUCAGCUUCUAGUGAUUCCAACUGCCAGGUAGCUGGUUCUGAACCUCUGUCUCAUCAGCUUCUAGUGAUUCCAAUGUCAGGGUAGGGUUCUGUACUUGUUCAUCGCCAGUGUUCCAAUGAUGUAGCGGGUCUGAACCUCGCUCAUCAGCUUCUAGUGAUUCCAAUGUCAGGUAGCUGGUUUUGAAUGUCUCUUUUUCAGUUCUAGGUUUCCAAAAGUCAGCAACGUCACACCCAUGGAGUUUAGCUGGGCUAACUAUCCUGCAUAGAAUGAUUAAAGUCAACCUCUCUCUCUCUUUCCGCCCCUUUUCUCUCUUUUUAUUUGUCUAACCUCUUCACUCUCUAUCAUUUCACCCUAGGGUUCACUUCCUUCUCCCCCCCCCCCUGUCAUACGGGUUUUAAAAUGCAGGAUGCAGCGGUCGUACCCUAAAGGCUAAUCCCCAGGCCCAGCCCUCAACCGCAUAAGAGAACGUUACUUUUAGUACCAAAAAGUCGGGAAAAACUUGAAAACAUGCUGAAAACAUAUUUUACAUACAUAAAAGUCGGAAAACUCGCAUUAAAAUGAGAGUCCAAAAAUGCACCCGCACACAUGCAUUUACAGUAAAAACAGAAAGCCCUAAUAUGCUUGCCGGUACAGUUACAUGGACAUUGACAAUGGAACUAUCAUGCCAACAUUACAUUACCUUGACUUACCUGUGUUUCAGCUUGCCCCACCUGCAAUGACUUCCAUGGGCUGGUGCAGAAGAUCAUGGAGCUGCAGGAUGUCUUAGCCAAGACCUCCAGCAAGGUACUGUAGCAUUAGACAAUGUGUGUCUCAAUAGUCUACAUUUGUUUCCUCUCCUUGUCUUCUUCCCUUAAUCUGCAUUGAUCUGAAGGGACAGGAGAGGAGAGGAAGCCACUUUUGACUAUUGAGAUUCACCCUCUGUUGUGUCUCUCUGGUCGACAUGCUAGCUUUUCUUACGACUCCCACUCAGUGUAGAGUAAUGGUGUAGAUGUGGACAGCUGCCAUGUACACCACCGCCUGAUGUCCUGUCAGUGUACAAGGCAUAAGUGCAUGAAUCAUUCACACAGACGGUAAGUUAGGGAACAUCCAUUCACUGUUCUGUAAUACAGCACAUGGAGCAUCUCUGUCCUGGUUUACUGGGCUCUGGUUCCCUUGUCGUGCCACGCUGGGUUGUUGAAUAAAUGAUGAGUUAAAAAGCAGACCGUAACAACGGGCUGUUGACAGAAAUAUUCUCAUACACGCAUUCAUUUGCACGAACACACGCAAAAAUACACACAGGCAUUUUUGUGUGCGCAAAUACUGUAGGCUGACACACACACAGACAUACACACACACAUACACACACACACACACACACACACAUAGACACAUUCACACACACACCCACACACCCACACACACACACACACACACACACACACACACACACACACACACACACACACACACACACACACACACACACACACACACACACACACACACAUAAACACACACACAUACACACACACACACACAUACACACACAUACAUACACACACACUAACUCUGUAUCUUUGUUUUGGUGUGUGUGUGUGUGUGCAGCUGUCGCGUGCGGAGGAGAAAAUGCAGGCUCUGGAUGGCUGUUACUGUGAGAGGACCUGCAGUAUGAACGGAGUGCUGUACAGGGAGGACGAAGGAUGGACAGACGGAUGCAGGAACUGUUCCUGCUAUGUAAGACUAUAACACACUAUAACACACUAUAACAGGCUAUAACACACUAUAACGCACUAUAACACACUAUAACAGGCUAUAACACACUAUAACACACUAUAACAGGCUAUAACACACUAUAACGCACUAUAACAGGCUAUAACACACUAUAACACACUAUAACAGGCUAUAACACACUAUAACGCACUAUAACAGGCUAUAACACACUAUAACACACUAUAACAGACUGAAACAGGCUAUAACACACUAUAACAGACUGAAACAGGCUAUAACACACUAUGACAGACUAUAAUUAAGCAAUAAUGCCCGAGGAGGUGUGGUAUAUGGCCAAUAUACCAUGGCUAAGGGCUGUUCUUAAGCACGAUGCAACGCGGAGUGCCUGGAUACAGCCCUUAGCCGCGGUAUAUUGGCCAUAUAUCACAACCCCCCGAGGUGCCUUAUUGCUAUUAUAAACUAGUUACAAACGUAAUUAGAGCAGUAAAAAUAAAUGUUUUUGUAAAGGGACAGUUCACUCUAUAAUCACUGUGGGUUUAAAGGGACAGUUCACUCUAUAAUCACUGUGGACUUAAAGGAAUAGUUCACUUCAUGAUCACAGUUAUCCGGGACUUAAAGGGACGGCACUGAAUGGAAAACCAUAACCUAAAAAUCACUAGUGCAAUCAACUCUAUGUGAUUCUCCUGAUCCCAGAGAUCAAGACAUAUGGUGUAUCAACUCUAUGUGAUUCUCCUGAUCCCAGAGAUCAAGACAUAUGGUGUAUCAACUCUAUGUGAUUCUCCUGAUCCCAGAGAUCAAGACAUAUGGUGUAUCAACUCUAUGUGAUUCUCCUGAUCCCAGAGAUCAAGACAUAUGGUGUAUCAACUCAAUCUGGACUGUGCACUGGAGUAGGGUUGAUCGUAACGUUCUGACCUCACAACGGCAGUCAAGCACCCAAGCUAACUGGCUAAUGUUGGCUAGCUUGCUAGCUACUUCCAGACACAAAUGAGAGAACACCUCACUCUGACCAUUUUACUCGCCCUAGCAGAGCUGGUUAGGCUGUUUUCAUGUUAUCCAGAGCGUUGGUGACUGUAACUGUGCUGCAGGCAACAAUUGAAUUACGCUUUUUUGCUGACGUUUACUGACACCGGCCAUAUUCAACGGGUGUUGAGCGUUCGUAAAUUCAUCAGUUAUUCUGCGCCAGAGCUAAUUUAUGAACGCACCCAUAGACUUUCUGGUCUUGGGGUUUGUUAUAGCUCCGUAGAAUGGUUCAGUCCAUUAUAGGGGGAUCAGUCUGAGGUUCUGAGUAAUAUUGUGUGUUGAUCAAUUGUCUGAGUGAAUAAAUCUGCUUUUGUUUAGAUUUGAAUCCCCUUUUAGAAUGGUACAGUCCAGGUUGGAGAUCAUAGAUCUUUAUACUAAUAAUGUCUGUUUUUGUCUUAUUCCUUUAGAAUGGUACGUCAGGUGAGACCAUCUGUUUCCCCCCCCCCUGUGUCCCCCUGACUUGCACCUGGUAUGUGCCAGGCCGGCGCAAAGGGGCAGGGGGGAAAACACCAAGCCCGGGGCCACAGGGAACCAGCCCCCCAGCCUAAAAGGGCCCGGGGGGCCGCGCCCGCGGAAAACCCCGGGGGGGGCGGGGCCGGCAAAGCGGCGCGCGCGGCCGCGCGAAACCCCGGCGCGCGCGCCGGCGACCAGGCCGCGCGGCGCGCCGCGCCCGCGGCGCGCGGAGGCGAACCCCGGGGCGCGCGCCGCGCGGCGCGCGCGGCGCGCCGCGCGCGCGGGGCGCGCGGCGCGCGGCGCGGCGCGCGGCGCGCGCCCCCGCGCGCGCGCGGAGCGGACACCCACGGCGCGCGCGCGCCGCGGACACCACGGGCGCGGCCCCGCCGAGACGCGGGGGCGGCGCGCGGCGCGGGGCGGCGCGCGGGGCGCGCGCCGCGGCCGCGCGCCGGCCGCGGCGGACAACGGCCGGGGCCCCCGGGCGCCGGGGCGACACCCCCGGCGCGCGCACCGCGGGGCCCCGGGAGCCGGCACCAGGCGGCGCGCGCCGCGGAAACCAAGGCGCGCCGGAAACGGGGCAGCCCCGGGGGGCGGCCCCCCGAACCACGGCGCGCCGCGGCGAGGGCCCCGGGCGCGCGCGCGCGGCCGCGGCGCGGCGAACCAAGGGGGCGCGGGGCGCCCCCGACACCAGGGCGCGCGGAAGCGCACACAGGCGCGCGGGGCCGCGGAAACCAGGCGCGCGCGCGCCGCGGAGACACGGCGGGCGCGCGAGCCGCGCGCACCGGGAAAGGGGGCGCGGGCGGCGCGCCCGCCGCGCCCCGGGCCCCGCGCCCCGGCGGGGGCGCCCGCGACACCCGGGCGCGCGGCCGGGGAACCCGCGCGGGGGGGAAAGCGGGGGGCGCGGCGCGGGGGGCGCGCGAGAGGGCCGCGCGCGCGCGCGGGGCGGGGGCGCGCGGGCGGGGGAAACCCGGGCGGGAGCGCCCCCCCCCCCCGCCCGGGCCCCGGGGCCCGCCCCCCCCCGCCCCCCGCCCCCUCCCCCCAAACCCCCCCGCCCCCCCGGGCGCGCCGCGCGCGCGCGCGGCGGGGCGCCGCGCGCCCGGGCCCGGGCGCGCGGCCGCGCGCCCCGGGGGCGCGGCGCGCGGCGGGGCGGCCCCGGCGGGGCGCGCGCCCGGCGGCCCCGCCGGCGGCCGGGCGCGCGCGCGGGCGCGCGCCCCGGCGGCGCGCGCCGGGACACCACGGCGCGCGCGCGCGCGCGCACCCCGGCGCGCGCCGCCCCGCCGGGGGCCCCGGCGGGGGGCCGCGGACACCCGGCGCGCGGCGCCGCGCGAACCCCCCCCCCCCACCCCCCCCCCCCCCAACACCUCUUCUCUCCCCCCCCCCCCUUUUACCCCCCCCCCCUCUCCCCCCCCCCAACCACCGGGCCCCCUCACCAAAAACUUUUUCCUCACCUCCCCACGGCCGGCCUGCUGUCCGCGUACACCCCCCCCCCGCCCCCCCCCUCGGGGCCCCCCCUCCCUUUUCCCCCCUCCUCCUCUCUCCCAGCUCACAACCCCCCUUCCCCUAAACCCCGGCAAGCCCGCGCCGCGGCCCCCGGGGCCCCCGGCCCGGCCCCCCCCGGGGCCCCGCCCCCACGCGACACCCACCCCCGGCCCGCGGGACAAAAACCCGGCGCCCCCGGGGCACCACGCGCGCGCGGCCCGGGAAACCCGGCGCGCGCCCCGAGGGGCCCGGGCGCGCGCGGCGCGCAGGCCCCCCCCCCAAAAAACCCCGGGGGGGCGGGGAAAACCAAAAACGCCCCAGGGGAAAACCUCUCCCCCCCUGCCCCUUUUGACCCCCAAAGGGUUUGGUCAACCUUUCUCUCUCUCCUCUCACACCCCUUCUUCUCUUCCUCUCUUUCCUUUCCCCCCUCCACCAACCCCCUUUUGUCUCCUUUUCCUCUUCACCCCCCUUUUUUUCCUUCUCCUCUCUUCAUCACGAACAGCUACAGGACCAUGGCCCACUGAAAUCGUUCUUAUUUUUCUAAUUUCUCCUCUCUUUCCUCUCUCUUUUUUGCUCCGCUCUACAUAUACAUCAAAAUUCAAGGCAGUCUUUAAAACCGCUGUAUUGGAGCCAGCGUUUAAAAGAAAACCAUUUAAAUAAUGAUUAAGCUGUGUAAACAGCUACCUUUCUCCCCUGUUAAAAAGGGGUAGGAAUAAUAAAAAGUGUGGGGUGGGGUGUGUGUGGGGUGUGGUGUGGUGUGUGGUGUGUGUGUUGGGUGUGUGUGGUGUGGUGUGUGUGUAGGGAUUUUUUGUGGUAUGGUCCACAGUGGGUUGUUCAGAGGGGAAAGGGGUUUUUACGUGGAAGGGGAUUGAAGGGGAGGGAUUACUGGAAAAAGUUUUCUGUUUUGGGUCAGGUAGUCCCAAAAACACUACACCCCGUUACACCCCUCUUUGUUUGUCAUGCCCGAACACACCAGCCUCAAACACCAUGAAAUCUAUAGAGCAAAAACCCCCCAUGAGAAUCCCUAUAGAGACAAAACCUGAGAAUCCCUAUAGAGGGGCAACCACCCUGAGAACCUAUAGAGACAACACACCAUGAAUCCCUAUAGAGACAACACACCAUGAGAAUCCCUAUAGAGACAACACACCAUGAGAAUCCCUAUAGGACAAAAACCCCCAUGAGAAUCCCAUAAAGAAAAACACCUGAGAAUCCCCUAGAGACAACCACCAUGAGAAUCCCUAAAGACAACACACCCCUGAAAUCCCUAUAAGACAAAACCCUGAGAACCCCCAUAGAGAAACACACCAGGAACCCUAUAGAGAAAAAACCCCCAGAGAAAACCCAUAAAGACAAACACCAUGGGGAAUCCCCAUAAGAAAACACCAUGGAAUCCCUAUAGAGACAACACACAUGAACCCCUAAAGGACAACACACCAUGAGAAUCCCCUUAAAGACAAAACCCCCAUGGAACCCCCCUAGAGGGCAACACCAUGAGAAUCCCUAUAGAGACAACACACCAUGAGAAUCCCUAUAAGACAACACACCAUGAGAAUCCCUUUAGAGACAACACACCAUGAGAAUCCCUAUAGAGACAAACACACCAUGAGAAUCCCAUAGAGACAACACACCAUGAGAAUCCCCAUAGAGGGAAAAACACCAAAAUCCCAUAGAGACAAACACCCCAUGAGAACCCAAAAGAGACAACACACCAUGAAAAUCCCUAUGAGACAACCACCAGAAAUCCCAUGAGAAACAAACCCUGAAAUCCCAUAGGACAACCACCAUGAAACCCUAUAGGAAACCCUUGGGAAACCCAAAAAAAACCCCCCGGCCCUAUGGAAAACAAACCCUAAAUUAUUAAAAAAACCCUUUUGGGUUGGGGGCCUUUCAUGUUAAAUCAAUAUUUAAAGUAUUUCUUGUGGUGGGAGGCCCCGUUAAAGAAGUAGCCUUUUCAAACCUCUCGAGAAAGUUGGCAAGCCUUCACAGAAAGAUAGAGAGCUUUCAAGGGAAAGCUACAGAACAGAUAGAGAGUGUUAUAAAACGUUCCCCGAAAAAGAUAGAGAGCUUGUCUAGAACUCUCACAGAAAAAGUAGGGUGCUUGACAGUCUCACAGAACGAUAAAACUUGGGGGGGUCUAUAGGGGAAAAGUCCACAGAACAGAUAGAGGUUGCAAGAACGUUCACAGAAAAAAGAUAUAGGCUUGUCAUAGAAAACGACAGAACAGAUAGGAAACGGGGAAAACCCCCGGAGAUGGAUUUUUUAGAAACCAAAGCGAGGCGCAAAUAGAUAAAUAAACCAAAUAGGUAUAAUACAGUGAGGGAAAAAAGUAUUUGAUCCCUUGCUGAUUUUGUACGUUUGGCCACUGACAAAGACAUGAUCAGUCUAUAAUUGUAAUGGUAGGUUUAUUUGAACAUUGAGAGACAGAAUUACAACAAAAAAUCCAAAAAACGCAUGUAAAAAAUGUUAUAAAUUGAUUUGUAUUUUAAUGGAGGAAAUAAGUAUUUGACCCCUCUGCAAAACAUGACUUAGUACUUGGUGGCAAAACCCUUGUUGGCAAUCACAGAGGUCAGACGUUUCUUGUAGUUGGCCACCAGGUUUGCACACAUCUCAGGAGGGAUUUUGUCCCACUCCUCUUUGCAGAUCUUCUCCAAGUCAUUAAGGUUUCGAGGCUGACGUUUGGCAACUCGAACCUUCAUUCCCUCAACAGAUUUUCUAUGGGAUUAAGGUCUGGAGGUACUGGCUAGGCCACUCCAGGACCUUAAUGUGCUUCUUCUUGAGCCACUCCUUUGUGCCUUGGCCGUGUGUUUUGGGUCAUUGUCAUGCUGGAAUACCCAUCCACGACCCAUUUUCAAUGCCCUGGCUGAGGGAAGGAGGUUCUCACCCAAGAUUUGACGGUACAUGGCCCCGUCCAUUGUCCCUUUGAUGCGGUGAAGUUGUCCUGUCCCCUUAGCAGAAAAACACCCCCAAUGCAUAAUGUUUCCACCUCCAUGUUUGACGGGUGGGGAUGGUGUUCUUGGAGUCAUAGGCACUAUUCACUCCUCCUCCAAACACGGCAAGUUGAGUUGAUGCCAAAGAGCUCGAUUUGGUCUCAUCUGACCACACACUUUCACCCCAGUUCUCCUCUGAAUCAUUCAGAUGUUCAUUGGCAAAACUUCAGACGGGCCUGUAUAUGUGCUUUCUGAGCAGGGGGGACCUUGCGGGCACUGCAGGAUUUCAGUCCUUCACAGCGUUAGUGUGUUACCAAUUGUUUUCUUGGUGACUAUGGUCCCAGCUACCUUGAGAUCAUUGACAAGAUCCUCCGUGUAGUUCUGGGCUGAUUCCUCACCAUUCUCAUGAUCAUUGCAACUCCACGAGGUGAGAUCUUGCAUGGAGCCCCAGGCCGAGGAGAUUGACAGUUAUUUGUGUUUUCUUCUCCAUUUGCGAAUAAUCGCACCAACUGUUUUUCACCUUCUCACCAAGCUGCUUGGCGAUGGUCUUGUAGCCCAUUCCAGCCUUGUGUAGGUCUACAAUCUUGUCCCUGACAUCCUUGGAGAGCUCUUUGGUCUUGGCCAUGGUGGAGAGUUUGGAAUCUGAUUGAUUGAUUGCUUCUGUGGACAGGUGUCUUUUAUACAGGUAACAAGCUGAGAUUAGGAGCACUCCCUUUAAGAGUGUGCUCCUAAUCUCAGCUCGUUACCUGUAUAAAAGACACCUGGGAGCCAGAAAUCUUUCUGAUUGAGAGGGGGUCAAAUACUUAUUUCCCUCAUUAAAAUGCAAAUCAAUUUAUAACAUUUUUGACAUGCCUUUUUCUGGAUUUUGUUGUUGUUAUUCUGUCUCUCACUGUUCAAAUAAACCUACCAUUAAAAUUAUAGACUGAUAAUUUCUUUGUCAGUGGGCAAACGUACAAAAUCAGCAGGGGAUCAAAUACUUUUUUCCCUCACUGUAUAUAUUAGCAUAUAUUAGCAUUUAAUGUAAUGAUCUAUUGUUGUUAGAAGUGAGAUGUCCAUGUCUAAAGCAGAGAAGAUGAAUUGUGACAGAGCUGUUACUGUAAGCACCUAUUGUGUCAUGGUUUUACAGGAGCGCAGCAUGCGGAGGGUGGAGAACGCCCCCUGUCCUGAACUGACCUGCCCUGAGUCUGAACACAUCACCCUUACAGACCGCUGCUGCAAGGUCUGCAGAGGUGGGUCUGGAACUCACACACACACACACACACACACACACACACACACACACACACACACACACACACACACACACACACACACACACACACACACACACACACACACACACACAACACAACACACACACACACACACACACACACACACACACACACACACACACACACACACACACACACACACACACACACACACACACACACACACAUACACAUACACACACACACAGAUUCUUGGAGCGGAAGUGAGAUAGUGUUUAUGCUGUCUAAUAGAUUGUCUUGUUUUGUAUGCUUUGUACAAAAGUAAUAAAAUGCAGGACGACAGGAUCUUUCUAAACUUAGCUCUUUAUUAACUAGCUAUAACUGGCAUGUUCAUAUGUCUCUGGCCAUGAUCAUCUUGAAGAUGACCUCACCACCUGGGUGGUCUUAACCAAUCAUAGCGCAGUAGGAUACGACGGUAGAAUGCAUCCAAUUACAAUUCAGUAUGCUGACACAUAUGAAUAUUACAUAGAUAAGGGAGAAUGGAUAUUAAAAGUCGGUCCGCUCCCUCUCCCUCCUUAGAUGAUGUAUGUCUCCUGCUUGGCUGGUAAUGAGGCCUCUCUCUGGGCUGUGUCCCAAAUGUCCCACUUUUAGUGCACUACUUUUGACCACAGCCGUAAGUGCCCUGGUCAAAAGUAGUGCACUAUAAAGGGAAUAGGCGAUUUGGGACGCACUCAUGACAUUACCCACAUACAUACUAGAUGUGGUCAGCACACAGCCAUGCAUCUCUCUGACAGCCACACACCAGGCCUUAACAACAUGCUACUGUUCUCUGAUGAAGCCUUAUUUCCUCCUGACCUGUGUCUCUACAGAGUGAACUGUGGUCUCAGCCAUAUAUACCUGUUGUUCUAUCUCUCUAGUUAUUUGUCUAUGGCCAGGGUCGAGACGGGGAGAAAUCAUUUGAGGAAAGAAAGCACACACACAAACACACACACACACACACACACACACACACACACAAGUGUAAGACAGGGUGAUUUAUCUGCUGUAGAAUGACCAGACAGUCUCUAUAUCUUUCCCCCUCCCCCCCCUCUCUCAGGUCAUAAUUUCUGUGUGGAGGGCCACAGUCCCAGCUGUGUGGAGAACUCGGAGUGUGUGAAUCUGGAGGCUGGGUCCUGCUGCAGCUGUAAAGAUGGCUACCGUGCGCUGAGGGACGACAGCGCGUACUGUGGAGGUGCAGGACUCUUACCACAACAAUGGCCUCACUAAGCCAACACUCAUUUAACUCAUCUUCAUGGCCUCAGUCAAGUCUAUCUGCUACUCCCUGUGGUCUUUGGCAGCUUUGCUGCUUGUGCAACACUCCAACACCUCAUUUAGAAGUGGUCCUUCGAGACGGAUUUCAACCAAAGAAUGAAUCUUUUACAGUUAUUGUUUGGGAGCUUAGACUUCAUUGUUUUGAAUGUUUAUCUUAGUUUGGGAUUACAAUCAUAUACUGCAGGGCUGUGUACUGUAAGGAAGUACAGGGACGACUCCUACUUUAAGCAGGAGAAAUUCAGAGGGCUUAUAAUUAAGCUCUUCUAAUUCCAUCUUUCUUUCCAUAUAUUCAUGAUCUCUAGGAAACCUUUCGUUACUACGACCCCUGAUCCCUCCACUCUUUAGACCAGCCUCACAGCAAUAUAUCACCUGUACUUUCUCUACGACCCCUGACCCCUCCACUCUUUAGACCAGCCUCACAGCAAUAUAUCACCUGUACUUUCUCUACGACCCCUGAUCCCUCCACUCUUUAGACCAGCCUCACAGCAAUAUAUCACCUGUACUUUCUCUACGACCCCUGACCCCUCCACUCUUUAGACCAGCCUCACAGCAAUAUAUCACCUGUACUAUCUCUACGACCCCUGACCCCUCCACUCAUCACACCAGCCUCAUAGCCUUAGGCCCCGGUCCAUCAUACUACCACAACUGGUGGGUUAAAAAUACCCAUGGUACCAUGCAGCCUGGUUAAUUUACCACAGCUGACAGACAGUCUCUCCGGUCGCUCCUACUGCAAGCCUUAUUCCCCAUCAUACUCCCACCAUGGGGUGGUAAAAAUACACCACGGUACAAUACAGAGCCAAGGUCUAUUUAGCAUGCCAGUCGCAGACAGACAGUCUCCCACCGACCAACCAAAUGCUGCUAAUGAGAACAGUUGGUCUGGUGAUUAGUCAGUGUCUGAGUGUGUGUGCAUAAUUAAAGAUGCUAUCAGCCCCCCUGUCGUUAAUUACCAAUGUGUCUAACCUUCUUGCUCUAUGGUCCUGCCAGGUUUGUCUGUGUCCGCUAUGGGUAAUGGACUGUGACCUUGUCUGGGGAAGGAGGGAGGGAGGUUUGGCAUAAGUCACCACUGGACUCUGUUUUUGGUGUCACUCUCUCUUUCUGUCUCUGUUUUAGUAUCUUAUUCUCUCUCUCUCUCUCUCGCUCUCUCUCUCUCUCGCUCUCUCUCUCUCUCUCUCUCUCUCUCUCUCUCUCUCUCUCAUCUCUCUCUCUCUGAUUCUCUAAUGACUAGAGUCUAAUCUGUUCUGUUGCUUUCUGGGAAACAUCUAUUUAAUUUGCUGUAGGGAGAAUACUUGGAAAAGCAAACUACAUUACUUUCGACAAGGCGCUCUAAAAGUGUUGGCCUGUCAGCUUAAUGUUUUUCGUUAGAGUGCUGAUUGCACCCCGUGAAUUUGGUUUUUCGGUAGAGUACUGAUGCACCCCGUGAAUUUGGAUUUCAGUAGAGUGCUGAUUGCACCCCGUGAAUUUGGUUUUCGGUAGAGUGCUGAUUGCACCCCGUGAGAUUGGUUUUCGUAUUCUGCCCGAUCAAAAUGGCACGACUAGUAACAAGAACACACUCUCUCCUUGAUGUCAUCAUGACUCAUUUAAAUGGCGAAUGUGCGCACACCAGGAAACAUCAGCCAUCUCACAGCUGAUUGGUUUGAGUUGCGUGUUCUGAGCUCUAAUUGGUUUAGCCCUGGGUGUGGGUGGGGACUGGGGAUGUCAUUCUGAACAGAUGAGGGCGUUAAGGUUUCACAGAGUGCUGGGAAUACAGAUGAAGUCACUUCUUAAACGUUUUAUUAAUAGCGUGGACUAGUUCCACUCAGAGAGAGAUAUAGAGAGAGAGAGAGAGACUAGAGAGAGAGAGAGGGGGGUGGGGAUCGGGAGAGGGAGAGAGAGAGAGAGCGAGAGAUAGAGAGGGGAGAGAGAGGAGAUUGAGCUUUCGCGCGCUACGAGAGCGCACUAGCUAUCUGUCGCUAGCAGAGAUAUAGAGUAUAAGCUAUUCGAACCAUAUAGCGCUAUAGCGUGACUCUCUAGAUUUGUAGAGUGAUAUCGCCAGCAGCAUGUGUUUCUGGUGUGAUUAAAGAGCAGGGCCAGUGUAGCUGAGCAAUAAGCAAAGAAUGUAAAACACAGUGAGAGCCUUUUGUGGGUGCAUCCUGCAGGCCGAGCAGCCUCCACUCUAUCGCUUUCAGAUUGUUUUUGGUCUUGUUGUCUCUGGAAAUCUGUAUGUGGUCAAUGCCUGCAGACAGAGUAUAGAGUUGGUCAUGUGGCUUUCUUUGUUGUUGACUUCGUGGUUCUUCUGUAACUCAAGUAGGUGACAUGUCCUGCUUGGUCAGGUUCAAUCGAGAAACAUCCGAACUAUUUUUUUUCUACAUUUCAUUCUCCCCUCUUUUUCUAGUAUCCGUUAUCAACUAACAAGUUUGUAUACAACCUGGUGAAUCGACAGUUUCUCCACAAUACCACUCAAAGUUACUUACUUUGAGUGUUCCCCUUUCUAUCUAUGUCCUUUCCUACCUGUUCCCAAUACCCCGCCCAUCUUACAGGCAGAGAGGUCCUGUAUGUCUUUGUUUUGUUCCCUGCAGUGCCCUCCUUGUUACAUCUUUUCUUUCCAUCCCAUUAGCGCAAAUCACUCACUACACUGGCAACAUAACAGGCCCCCGUAGCUUCCAAUCCAUCAACUUGAUCCAGCACUGAGCCUGCUGUAUCAUACCCUGUAGCUGGUAGCUCUCUCACAGUCAAACCACUACCACAGGACCGUGGUGUGGACUAUAGUCUAUAAUACCCUACCAGUCAAACCACUACACAGGGACCGUUGGUGGCUAUAGUCAUACCAGUCAAACACUACCACCCUACCCCAGGGACCGGUGGUGGCUAUAGUCAUACCAGUCAAACCACUACCACAGGGACCGUUGGUGGCUAUAGUCAUACCAGUCCAACCACUACCACAGGACCGUGGUACUGCUAUAUCAUCCACAGUCAAACAAUACCAACCCGCAGGUACCGUUGGUGGCUAUAGUCAUACCAGUCAAACCACUACCACAGGGACCGUUGGUGGCUUUAGUCAUACCAGUCAAACCACUACCCCAGGGACCGUUGGUGGAUAUAGUCAUACCAGUCAAACCACUACCACAGGGACCGUUGGUGGCUAUAGUCAUACAAUCAAACUACUCACCAAUGGACCCGUUGUGGGGCUAUAGUCAUACCAGUCCAACCACUACCCCCAGGACCGUGGUGGCUUAGUCCCGACCAGUCCAACCCUAGCCCCAGGACCGUUGGGUGGGAUAUCGUCCAUACCCGUCAAACCAAUACCCCAGGGACGUUGGUGGCUAUAGUCCAUACCAGUCAAACCACUUACCACAGGGGACCGUUUGGUGAUAGAGUCCUAUACCAGUCAACCACUAACCACCAGGGGGGACCGUUGGUGGAUAUAUCAUAUAGACCAGUCAAAACCACUACCACAGGGACCGUUGGUGGCUAUAGUCAUACCAGUCAAACCACUACCCCAGGGACCGUUGGUGGCUAAUAUCCAAUACUAAGUUCAAACACCAUCUACCAACAGGGGACCGUUGGUGGAUAUAGUCAUACCAGUCAAACCACUACCACAGGGACCGUUGGUGGAUAUAGUCAUACCAGUCAAACCACUACCCAGGGACCGUUGGUGGCUAUAGUCAUACCAGUCAAACCACUACCACAGGGACCGUUGGUGGCUAUAGUCAUACCAGUCAAACACUACCACCACCAGGGACGUUGGGGGCUAUGUCAUACAUCAAAACCACACCACUGGACCGUUGGUGGCUAUAGUCCCUACCAUCCAACUACCACUACCACACCAGGCACUGUUGGUGGAUAUAGUCAUAAUACCAGAUCCAACAUACCCCGGGGACCGUUCGUGGCUACUAGUCAUAUACCACGUCAACCCACUACCACAGGGCCCGUUUGGUGGCUAUAGUCAUCCAGUCACCACUAACCUCCAGGACCGUUGGUCGCUAUAGUCCUACCAGUCAAAAACCACUACCACAGGGACCGUUGGGUAUAUAGUCAUAUACCAUUCAAAACCACUACCACAAGGGACCUUGGUGGAUAUAGUCAUAAACCAUUCAAACAAACCCACUACCCACAGGGACCGUUGGUGGCUAUAGUCAUACCAGUUCCAAACUACUACCACAUGGACCGUUUGCGUGUACUAUAUUCAUACCAUUCAACCACUAAACCCCUCAACCGACCCCCCAGGGACCGUUGUGGCUAUUUUCAUACCAGUCAACCACUCCACAGGACCGUUGGUGGCUAAUAUUCAUACCAGUCACACCACUACACAGAGGACUGUUGGUGGAUAUAUUCUACCAUUCAAACCAAUACCCCAGGGAUCCGUUGGUGGCUAUAGUCCUACAGUCAAACACUACCACAGGGACCGUUGUGGCUAUAGUCAUCCCAGUCAAACCACUAACCCAGGGAACCGUUGGGGUUGGCUAUAGUCAUCCAUUCAAACCACUACCACCGGGACCGUGGUGGCUAUAAGUCCUCCGUCCAAACCACUUACACGGGACCGUUGGUGGCUAUAGUCAUACCAGUCAAACCACUACCACAGGGACCGUUGGUGGCUAUAGUCAUACCAGUCAAACCACUACCCCAGGGACCGUUGGUGGCUAUAGUCAUACCAGUCAAACCACUCCCGAGUGGCGCAGUGGUCUAAGGCACUGCAUCUCAGUGCUUGAGGCGUCACUAACGACCCCCCCUGUGUUUCGAUUCCAUGCCUGUAUCACAAACCGGCACCCAACAUCACAACCGGCCUUUAUUUUGGAGUUAGCCCAUAGGGCUGGGCGCACAAUUGGCCCAUCGUCGUCCGGUUUGGCCUGUGUGGCCGUCAUUGUAAAUAAUAAUUUGUUCUUAACUGACUUGCCUCGUUAAAUAAAGGGUUAAAUAAAAAAUAAUAUAAAAUAUAAAACCACAGAGACCGUUGGUGGCUAUGGUCAUACCAGUCAAACCAAUACCCCAGUGGACCGUUGGUGGCCUAGCGUCCAUACCAGUCAACCAAUUACCAUAGGGAUUGUUGGUGCUAUGUCAUACGCAGUCCAAAACGCACUACCCACAAGGGAUUGUUGGUGGGCUAUAGUCAUACCAGUCAAACCACUACCACAGGGACCGUUGGUGGCUAUAGUCAUUACCAGUCAAACCAACACCACAGGACCUUUGUAUUCUAAAGUUUGAAUAGCAACACUCAGCAUGAACGGAGGGAUUGAUGUAUACGCUGCGGCCCUUAAAUUCUACCCCCGAGAAAGAGAGAGGAGAGAGAACACAGGGAGAAGAGAGAGGGAGACAGAAGGGGGAGAGAAAGAAAGGGAGCGAGGAGAAGAAAGAGAGAUCUAA